AUGGUAUGGAAUAAGGAGGGAUGUGAGACCAUUAGACUUGACAAAGUGUCAUUGCAUGAAAACUCACCGAUGCAUCAAGAUGCAAUUUCACAUGAGGAGGAGGAAGCAGUUUCAAUUAAGAAUGCUUUCAGGAACUUUUCUGGACAAGAAAAGGCUGCCCUAGUAGAUGCACAGAAAGUUUUGUAUUUUCUUAUAAAGCACAACUUGCCACAUACCACACUUUUUGGACCUUUAAUUGAUUUAUGCAUUGAACUUGGAGCUCCUAACAUUGCCAACCUUUACUGUGGUAAGAAUGCAUCUUACAAGGGUCAUAGGGCAAUACAAGAGUUUGUUGAAUGCCAAGCUGAAGUUGUGGAAGAGGAAGUGGAGAAGAAAAUGAAGGAGAGCACUUCAUUUGGACUCAUGCUUGAUGAGUAUACAGAUGUUUCAACGAGGAAACAUCUUGCUUUUGUUGGACGUUAUGUUGAGGAUGGGGAGUCCAAGCUAGCUUACCUUUGUGAUCAGGAAAUCCUGAAUGGAACUGCAGACACAAUAGUUGAGUCUGUGAAGGGUUAUUUGACAGAAGCAAACCUCAACCCAAAGAAGAUGACAUGUUUUGCUAGUGAUGGACCAGCUGUGAUGGUUGGAAAACGAAAAGGGGUUGUCACACAGCUGAAGAAAGACAAUCCUGCUAUGAUCGAUGUCCACUGCAUCAACCACAGACUACAACUUGCCAUAAGCUCUGCAUUUAAAUCUGUGACAGCAAUUGGAUGUGUUGAUGAACUGUUGAUGGGGCUGUUUAAAUAUUACCACUACAGCACAGUUAGAUCGAAAAGCCUGGAGAAAAUGCAGAUUUUGACAAAAGAAAUGGAAGGCUCAGAAUCUGGAAAUCCCAUCACAAUCAAGAAGACAGUGCAUACCAGGUGGUUGAGCCAUGAGAGAGCAGUACAUGCAGUCAGGCAGUGUUACCCAGCAAUUCUUGCAGAUCUGGAAAAUGCAGUUGGAAUGGGCAAUGACAAGAGGGCUGGUGACAAGCUUAGUGUAACUGCUGAAGGACUUUACAAACAGCUGAAGUCAUAUGACAAAUUGUACUUCAUCCUGCUCCUCUGUGAUGUCUGUUCCAUGUUGGCUAACCUGACAAAGCUUUUUGAGAGGAGAGAUUUGGACUUGAGUAUUGUUGAACCACAACUUCGCAGCAGUGUAGCUUCACUGAAGAGGAUGAAGGAGAAGCCAGGCCCAUAUCUCUCAAAAGUUGACCAGCUCACUUCCCAGUAUGGUAUAGAGAUGACCAAAAGCAGGCAGAUAAAUGUACAGUCUUCAAUGGAUACCUUCCUUGACCUACUGAUUGGAAACUUAGAAGACAGACUGCAAGCUACACCAGUCCUCACAAGUCUGUCAGCCCUUGACCUGAGGAAAGCUGGGGAUUCCUCAUUUCUCACCUUUCAUGGAGAUGCUGAGGUAUGCUUGUUGUACAUGAUAUUGUUGCAUUAUUUAAAAUUAUUGGUAGUUAGAGUUCCUGAAAACUGA